AAAUUCAGCUGCUUUAUAGACGAAGUAAGUUUAUUUUUAUUGAAAGCAAAUUUGUUACAGCAGGUCACUUUAGAUUACUAACUAAUUUAAGCACAUGAGAUUUGACUGCUGGAGAAUAUGGAUGUAGAGCAGAUAAAUAUCGUUCAAAUAUCAAAUUUUUUCAAGCAAUGUGAAGCUGACAUCCUUGAAGGAAAAACAAAAUUAUCACUCACUGCUUCACUUCUUCAAAAAAUAAACUACACACUUCAAGAACUUGAAUAUGAUUACAUAAGUUUUACAAAUUCUACAUCAACUCCAGAAGAACCAGUAAAAUUUUUGCAAGAUCUUAUUCACAAAGCACCAAAACUAACAAUAACUCAAAAAGUGAAGCGAGAAACGUGGCGAGUGGAUUUAAGUAGAUUUAGUAGCUUGAAAUAUCUUGAAUUGAAUAAGGUACCAAUGCAUCUAGUAGAAGGAAUGCAAUCUCUACGCUCUCAACUUCAGGUGUUAAUCUGUGAAAGAUGUACUGAUUGUUUGGAGGAUAUCCUUGGGAGUGCUGAUCAUGUUUGGGAUGAACUGCGAACAGCCAAGCUUUGUUAUAAUGACUUUGUUAUCCUGUGCCCAUUUACGAAUACUCCUUGGCUUCAAUAUCUUGAUCUUAGUUAUAACAAAAUAGAAGAUAAACUAUCAUUACAAACUCUAAAACAUUUAAAGUAUUUAAAUCUAAGUUUUAAUUUUUUAACAAGUGUGCCUAUGUUAAGUGAAGAAGUUUGCAGGACACUUAAAAUCCUCUUAAUUAACAACAACUAUGUUCAAGAUCUUGCCGUUCUGAGCGUUUGCGAUAACCUGGAAGUAUUAGAUGUAUCCAACAAUCUUCUGGCUGACCACUCAGCAAUAUCACCGAUACUGUUCCUGCCUGAACUACGUAGUCUGAACCUGUCAGAUAACCCUAUCAGUUACCAUCCACACCACCGCUUCCAUACGUGCUCGUAUCUCAAUAGAGGAGUCAUCGCAGAUGAGUUUCUACUUGAUGGAAAGCCUUUAAACCCCUUAGAACAAAAAGAAAUAGGAAGGCGAGGUGAAACGAUAAGACAUGUGGGAAUAUCUCUACCUCAGGAACUAACAUGCCUACCAUCUCGUUCGAAUAAUAACCCUGCAACAAGAUCUGCUGUUAAGAAAAAAGUGAGAGAUGUUGUAAUUGAAGAAGGGACUUCAAGUUCAAAACCAAAAGUUGUAGUGAAACCUUCAGAAGCAAGUAUGGAACACCUUCAGACGAAGAGGCAGGUGGAGGAGCUCAGAGAGAGGUUUGGCGAGGACCAUUGGCUCCACAGUAAUGCUGGGUCCUAUGUCCAGGACCUCAUGGGGUUAGAAAGGACUCCUGUAAAUAAUGCCCUGUCCUCCACACCGUUUGCACAAGACUUUCUCACUCCUUCACCCAAGUUUGUCUCUGCCCUUGAUAAGAUGGAAUCAGGAUCACCAAGCCGACUUACGUCAUCGGCAAGCGAAGAUUAUGUGACAGCAAUGACGACACAGGCAAUCAUAGAGAGAAUACCGCAGUUCACAGAGACUUCAGCAUCAGAGAGCAGCGACCAAGAACAGAAACAGCCAUUGAUAGUUGAAUCUGAGCCUGAGGUUGAUAAGAACCAAGAACCACUCGAGGAUAAAGAAUCUGAAUCUGAUGAGACAAAUGUGACGGGAGAACUGGUUUCUGAAGAGAUUCCUGAAGAGAGGAAAUCAGAAGAUGAAGAUGAACCCGAAGAUAAUGACUGUCAACUUUGGCUGGUUCAAAAAGUCACAGUAGAGGGUGAAUCACUUGAAAUGUUUCUCACUCUAAAGGAAAGAGAAAUCCGUGAAAAAUGCACAAAAUCAGGACGUACAGUAACAAAGUGGGGUCUGGAAUCAGUGGAGAGCUGUGAGAAAGUGAACAGUAACCCCCCGACAGUACAUAUCACGUUCAACACUAUCCGUAAGAACUGUCGGGAGCGGACGUACAUCAUGGAAUUCUCAGACGCUCAGGAAUUAUUGAAGAAAGUUCGCGCGUUCCUAGAGGCCCGCUCACUCUCAGCCAUGAACCAGGUGGCUUAUCGAUGUAUGAAGUGUUCCUCCAUGUUUUCUAUAGAAACACAGCCAACUGUAUUAUCUACAUUGGCUGUGGUUGACAACGAGAUCAGUGAGAAAAAGCCAUCCACCAAGUGUCCAACUUGUGGCAGUACUCUGGUUGUGGAGAUGGAGGAGGCCCCUCUGCCCUCGUCAGAUAAAGAGAAUGAUUCCUCGCAGUCGCUUUCACUCCCUGUCUCAGACCAGGAGAAGGAAUCACAACCAAGUACAAGCAGGGAGGAGACCGAAUCCUCACUAGCAUUGUUACUUCCUGCUACAGCUGACUCGUCUGCCAGCGCAACACCCCUUAAACACUCCCCUUCAGAAUGUAGCAUAGGGUCAGCUGCAUCACUUGAGCAAAGAAUGGAAGUAGAACCUCAAAGUGAAGCCACAAAAGAAGGAACGCCUACUCUCCGCAAAUAUGAUAGUGACAUAGAGGUCAUCAGCAACCCCAGUCAGAGUAGCAUAGAAGUACUGGAAGUACAAGCGAGAUUGCAAGGGAAUCCUGCAAGAAAACGAUCCAGUGAGGAGCGCUCAACAGUGGCUGUGCCUCCACAGCUCAACACUGUGCAUGAGGUGCAGAACAUGGUCAACCUUACCGAAAGCAGCUCUUCAGGUUGGUUUUACACUCAUGACCGCAUAUUAUACAUCCUCCGCAAAGCUCUUCUCCAUACUAUAGCUCUUUGUGACCUCUCUCUUACUGAAAGCUCAGAGAUCAGUUUCAUUUGGUUUGCACAAAAAAGUCUUAAUAGUUAUUCCUCUUCAUCUCUUUUCAGUCUAAUCCAGAGUGUUACUGCAAAGUUAACCCCAAGAAAUUCUCCCAGCGUAGAUUCUACCUUUGCCAAAGUGCAAUAUUCCUACACAGAUUUCUCCAAGGUGGACCACCGUAUCAAGCUGCACCUCUGUCAGAACACUUUCAAGGACGAUAAUGAGGAGCUCUCAUUUUUUGUUAGGGGGAACAUUGUUGUACGUCCUAGAGAAUCAUUUCCAGGUUGUCUGGUUGUUUCCACUCAUGCCAUCUACAUAUUACAGAUUGUUGGGCCUGAAUUUGGGGAAAAUGCGAGUGAAUGGUUUGAACAGAAAGUAUGCCACCAUUGCAGUGACCUGUCAACGAUAUUUAUGUUGCCGUGGCAACUUGGAUUUGGUUUACGUCUGGGCUCUUUAGACUACCUUGUGUUACUUGGAGACCCUGUUUUCUCCUGUAACUUCAUAAAAUUCCUUAAACACAAUUUAGAUAAAGGUGAGAACAUUCCGCAAUACACGCUGGUGGAGGAGCCAUCAACCCAGCCAGAGAGGCUGCUGGAACAAAUGAUCACCAGCUCUGUGCCCAACAACGAUGGUCCAGUAGACUCUUCUGUGAGAUAUUUAGCCCUAUGUAGCUCCGCCAGUACAGCAAAAGAUAAAGAGGAAGUGCUGAAGCUGUCAAUUCUACCACUGCUUGUCACUACCACAGAUCUGCUACUGAUCCAGCCUCAGUUCUCAUGGCUAUCUCCCAACGCAGAGCCGGCCAAGCCUGUGUGUGCCGCUCACCAGAAAUUGGCCAAUAUCAUCGAUGUUGAUGUGUCCGGACCUGAGCUGAAAAUCCACUACCUGAUUGAGGCCGAGAACCAGGAGGAGGUGUGGACCUUGGUGUUCUCAAGUACGGAUGUGGUCAAUACGGUUCUUGAGAGCAUCCGAGGACCCUGGGAGCAACUAUUCUCGGUCCCAUUGCUGUCCUCAGAGAAACAUUAAUGUUCCACAUCAAAGCCACCCUGUGAUUCUAGAGUAGUCUGUUACUGCUACAUAUUUUUACCAACUAACAAAUUAUUAUGUAUUUUUAUUACUGACUUGUAUUUAUAUAACUUGUGUUCAAAUGUGUUAUAAUCAAAAUAGAGAGAUUCUUUAAUUUUUCGAAACUAUAGUGUAGUAGAAUGGUUGUUAAUUACAAUUUAGCUUGUGAGUGUUCGGAGAGACAGAAAUUAUUUUUCAGUUCAUAAGUUAAUCUCUUAGUUAAAAUUUUUUAAAUUUGUAUUGGACAUCUUAGUGUGAUUUACAAUUGUAUUACUUUAACAAUUUUGCAAUAUUCAAAAUUUUCAGGCAAUAAUUUUGUAUUAUGUUUAUUGUUGUUUUAAAAAAAAUGUACGUAUCUUACAAAUGUGGUAAAAUUAAAUUGUUUAUUAAAGAAAUCCAACUCUUCAUUUUAUGUUGUUUGUUAAUUUUAUUUACUAAAUAUGCUAAAAUCUAUGUAGCCAUAUAUGUGAAUUUGAUUGUUGGAAAUAAAUUCUCUGUAGAGUUAAAAUUUCUUAGUUAUUUAUUAUAGAAUUUGCUGUUUAUUUAGUUUAUGUUUUUACUGUAUUCUUUAAAAAACUCAGUUAUAAAAUUGACUGAAAUGUAAUGAAAUUGAGUAUUUAUUGAUUCUCUCUAUAAGGAUCUUUAGUUAUAGGCAAUACUUUCCAAGUAUGUUUUAAAUUUUAAAUCGUAUUUAAUAAUGGUUUUAAUACAUAUUUAUUGUUUAAACAUUUAAGCUCGAAUUCAUCAUAUCACUGCUAUAUCAAUUCAAAACUGAACUUGCACAUUCAUAUUGAAUUACGAGGGCACAAAAACUUACAGUAUAUAUGGAAUAUUUGCUUUUCAUAAUACGGCUUAAAAUAAAUACAUGCACUAAAACUUAGAGCUUUCAUCGUAGAACAAUUGAAUAGUUAAAAUAGUGCAUCAUAUAUUUAAAAAAAAUUUAAUUAAUCACAGUGUGUGUGACAAAUACAUACACAAUAUUUACUAAAUAUCAUUAAUUUAGGUUUCUUUUAUUGUUAUUAUGAUUUGUUUUAGUGAAUUUAAAACAUUUACUGUUAAAGAGAUAUCUUUGACACAAACAUUUAAAAUAAUUUGGGUUUAUGAGGAUUGCUGUUUAUAGUGCCAACAUAUGGAGAGAACUAUAUUUUAUGACAUAACAAGUGGUUAUUUCUAUUUUCUAUUCUGAUCAUACUGCAUGAACAUCCUCAAAAUGAGCUAGUCAUAAACUAAUAUACGUUUAGCAACUGUUGUUUUAAUCGUAUUGCUGCAUUACUAGAUAAAAAAAUUUCUCAAUAAUGAAUACCAAUCAAGUCAUCACAUAUAAUAUUGUUUUAUUAUACCUCAAUAAAUGAUUAUGGCAUCCAAACUUUUUUUAAUUAAUUUCUAGAAAACUUAUGUCAAAAUCAUUCCUAUCAACGCACCAGCAAUUGUUUUAAUAGUAAAUUUUUGAGUCAGAUAUAACUUAAAACAUUUGGUUUUUUGUAACAAUGCUUUUCCUUACUUAAGUUUAUUUUAGUGAUAUUUUUUUAAUAGGUUAGUGUUAUAUGAUGCGUUGGAUUUGUAAAAAGCCUUGAAAGUGAUAUAUAUUUCCUUCUUACUUGUAGGAAGGUUUACAGAAAUUAUUUGUCGUAGUGGAAUUAUUUAGUCACUAAAUAGAUAAAAUAUGUAUAUAAUUUAUUAUUAUUUUCUAGUAAUAAAUAAUGUAUAUCUAUGAAUCACAUAGAUGCUCACAUGUGGAGAUGUGCACAUACCAGAAAAACAGGAUGGAUGAUCUGAAAUUAUAUUUUAGUAGUUGAAGACAUUUGCCAUUUUUAAUUUAUUAGUGUUAUAAGAACUGGAACAUGACAUUUCGAGAACUGGUAUAUACUCUCUUUUCACAUUUUAAAUUGCCCAUGUUUUAGGGUGCUGAACUUGUAUCAUCAUAACAGAAAAAUUAUGUGUCAAACCCAUCUUGUGAUAGUAAAUAAUAACAAGAGAUAAAACCAAAAUGUAAACUGCACAACAAAUCACGCACAGCAAAAAGGAAUUGAGCAUUUAGUCUUAGACAUAGUGUAUAGGUAACCCAGCAACAAAAGAUAAAAACAGAAAGAUGAGGUGGACUGGGAAGAAAGGUGACCGGCAUUAGCAUUUUUUGUGUUACUUAUAUCAAGGUCAUGUUGUGUCCAGAUUUUCUUGAGUGAGGUUUCUUGGCUGUUAUAAUUUGAUUAGGCUUCUUACUUAGUUCUGUUAAACUCCUUAUGGUAUGUGAUGUUAUCCCACUUGUGAUGAUUUUAACAUCAACUGUGUUGAGCCAUUUAAAACUUUUCUUCAAACGCUUCCGUAGUGUUCUUUGUUUGCAGUUUGUUGUUGAAGAUGGAUGGUGUGAAAUGAUAAUAAGAUUUAGGACAUUUGCUACCAUUUUAUGUUAAAGAAAUAGAACACUACGUUUCUGGGAUUGAAAUUUACUCUCUUCCUCUGGUAUCAAAAACCUUAAGACAUAAAGUUAAAUAAAGAAUAGAAAGUGUGGUGAAUAACUCAUCAUGUACUAAAUAAAUUUGAGAAUAUACCGUACAAUAAAAGCAAGUGUAUACCGGACGAGUACAUUAACAGCGUAAAUUCCAGACUGGUCACGUGAUGUAACUGCACAGAAUCAACAGCACUACAUAUACACAUUUCGCAUGUGUGUGUAUGAAUUUUAUUGGAAAGUUUGUUUCAAAGUUACAUUUAUUUUUAGGUUCCCUAGCUAAUAAUUUCUUUAAUAUUGGUAACCAAAGUGGCCUAACUUCAACUCAAGGUUCGCUUAGCUGUUCAUCUGCUAAUUUUAUGUAAGAAGCCACAAUGAGUUUAUGUUUGAAAAGUUAUCCUCAUGGUUGACUUAAUCCUAUUUGUGAUUUGUGAUAUACUAAUAAUGUUGAAAAAUUUUGGACUCUUCCAAAAGCCGUAUUUUAUAUUGUCUUUAUGUUCUUUAACUCUCAGUUGUAGUAUAACCUUUUUCUUCACUUAUGUAUUCCCUAUUACAAGAACAUUUUAAAUUGUAAACACAGUUUUUUGAGUCUUACAUGCUGUUUUUUGGUUUGGUUUUUAAGAACUCAGUUGUGGUUUAAAAAACAUUUCUAAUAUUGUAUUUUCUGCCUGCUCUUCUAAUCUUUUCCAAUAAUUCUAAUGCAAAAGGAAUUGAUAUGUAUGUAAAUCUUUUCUUCGUUUUUAUUUCCUGACUUUGGGUGUUUCCUAUUAUUUAUUUUACUCUUAUUUAUAACAGAUUGAGAGUAUCUAUUUUGUUAAAUUUUCAUUAUUUUGUUAGAUGACUCCUUCUUUGACUGAUGGUUUGAUUGAAAAUUAGAUACUGACCUUAGUUUUUCUUACAAUAAACUAUUGCCCUAAAGCUGUCCCUAUCCCUUACUACCCUAUGUACACAUCCGGAAAGAGGAGUUUAUUUUGGACUUUUACCUCCAUGUUUAGGUAAAUAGAGGGAGACAUUUAUGUGGGACACAAAUGUAUUAGGGUUUUUAUUAAUACCUGAAGAAGUGGAUAGAUUGAAAUUCUCGAAACGUAGUAUUCUGUUUUGUAACAUAUACAUUAGCAAAUGUCCAAAGUCCUAUUAUCUUUCCUCUUGGAUUAUCUUCCAUUAUUGUGAUUUAACAUUUAGUGAUUUUUUUUAAAUCUUUCUGUUAAAGUAAAUUUAAUUUUUGUUCUACAAAUGUUCUCCAUACACUAAAUAUUAAGAGUAGUACUAUAAAGCCUUAGCAGACGAGCUGGUUAAAUAACAUCUUAAAAUCAACAAAUAGCAAUAAAAAUUUCAGAGUAAACAGUCUUUUAGAAAAUUCAUUUGGUUAUUCUACUUUUUACUGUAAUGUGUCCCUAAGAAAUUCAUCUUGGUUUGGGUGUUUUUGAAUGACAAUUAUUGUAUAUCUUGAAUGUUGUAUUUAAGUUAAGCCUUUUGGCUUUGCUGCAAUUUCUUGCAAAUUUUACUAUCAAUUUUUUUUAAUAUUUAAAUUUAACUCGUGCCUAUGUAUUCUCUAUCACUAGUGCAUUUUGCUAUGCAUAUUUAUUACUGCUUUAAAAUAAAAAGCAUAAUCCACCGUAAUGAUGAAAAAAUGGCAAUUAGGUAUUGAAUGAAAUAACAUGUAUGUAAAAUACGUGGUAAAUGUAAAAUAUGCAUAAUUCUCAAAAAAUAUGUGUAAGUGUCCCUCUAAUUUUUCAGUAACAAAAUAAAUGUCUAUUUUUUUAAAUGGGUGACAUACACAGAAUAAUAAUCAAAGACAGAUGAAAAAAGUUAUCAAUUCUUUCAAGAGAUGUUACUAACUGAAAAUAACAUGCACCAGACCUCUUCUUGACUUUACACAUGUUAUCAAAUCUUCCUUUAAAAUGCACAAGUUUGACCACGAUACGAGCGGUAAGCGGUGGUAGAGCAGUAGUGGCCACAAUACAAGCAGUGUUUUUGAGUUUAAUUUAUAUUCAGUCAUCAAAAUGGAGUCUCCAGGUCAAGUUGUCCAACCUUUUGUUUUUAAUAAAAACAGAAUUGGGAUAAGAAAUAUGUUAGAUAGGUUGCACAGGCCUAAAAUGUACUGAGUUCACUCUAUAAAUUGACACAAUGUUUUUCUCGCUGACUGUCAACAUCUGUUUGCUGGUUUGAUAAGAGAUGCAACCCAGUUUUUUGAGUACACUAGAAUAUCAGUUGAAACUUUUUACUAGACCUACACAUUAAUCAAGAUGUCUUAUUGUACCUUUUGGAGGAGAGAAGAUGGGUUUACGGCAGCAAGUAAAUCCAGAGGAGAGUCUAGUUUGCGUCUGACAUGAUGCACAGUAAUUACAGAAUGAACUGAGUGGCAGGAGAAAAUUAAUGUCUGAAGUUGGUGAAUCAGUUGCACUGUGUGGUACUGCCCUGCCAAAUCUGUCAUGGCCAGUGUCAGGUGUUCUCCAUAAGCACAAUACAAAAAUCAAACUUUGCAUUGCUGUUCUGCCACUUACCACUCAUAUUGUGGCCAAAUGCUAAGUUAUUCAUGCAACUUGUCAAGUAUUCCAAAUAGUGUGCACUCAAAACAAAAAGUUCAAUUCAUAAACUAUCAUCUUGGCUUUUUUUGAAAAUCAGAAAAAGUAUUAAAUAAAAUAUGACCGCUCAGGAAAAGCAAUAAUAAAACUUUGUUCAUUACAUUUUUAAUAAAGUUUAUUCUUUUAUGAAGAAGACUUAAACAAUUUCAUUAUUUCUGUUUACACUAAAUUCUACAUUUGAUAUGUUUGUUGAUAGUUUAUUAACUGAGAUUGAACUUGUUGCAAUGUUUGUUGUGUGUAAAAUUAUUGAUUAUUUAACAUAUUCUAGAUAUUUAACAUGAGUACUUUAGUCUUAACUCUAAAACGUCGAAGAAAAUUUGGCAUGGAUACAGUCAACUUGCAUUUAAAGAUUUUUUUAAAUUAAGUUUUUACCAAAGUUUAAUAAUCCAAAUUAUAUUUUUUUGAUAAGAGCUGUACUGGUACUGGCAGCCAAAUUUUACAUGUGGACAUACCAUACGCACAUAUUGGCAUGUGCUAGAGACCACCAGAGAAAAUGAUGGUAAAAGAAUUGCACUGAUUAUUGGUUUAUUUUUGGCACAUCAUGCUUUCCAGUUUGUUUUCUGAUAUUAAGUAAGCUUUCCCCAAGUCUUAUUAAUACAGUGAGUUUUAUAUCACGGAUGUUUAAAUACUAAUGAGAUCUUUCCUCCUUAGUGGCCGCAAAAAAUACAAUGCCAGAAAAUAACAUAAGAAUAGAGUAUAACAUGAUUAAUUUAAAUUGUAAGUUAAUUACUUUAAACAGAAUAUUUUAUAGAAAAGAAAGGAUUAACUCCAAUCCCUCCACUCAAAAAGUAACCAUAAAAAAUUCAAAGUACUGUGUGGAUAUGUAAGUUCAAUAUACUUUGAUAACAAGGUUCAAUUUGAAUUUCAGGUAUUUUUUUUUAAUCUAAGGCUUACUUUUUAAGAAUUUUGUCUUUGCUGAAUUUAUAAGAUUUAUAGUAGACCUUUCUGUUUAUCUGAUUUCGUAGUAUAUGUCCAACAACUAGAGUCGAAUCACAUGUGGAAAGAUACACUAUUAAUUGGUAUAUUAACAAUCUUUUUACAAUUAAUUUUCCUAGGUAUCUUAGAAAGGAUACUUAAAGUAGUAAAAUCAUAAUAGUGCCUUGCGUGCUAUUUUAUUUUGCACAUAAUAUACUAUAAUAGUAUCCAAAAUUUAUGUGAGAGUAAGUUGAGGUUUUCCAUCUCUAUUUUUUCUAGUAAAGUGAAUUCAAAAGAAAUACAAACUAAAAGGCAACCCACAUCUUCCUGGGCUGUCUUGCUGCUGAGAAAGCUUAGUUUUGGAGACCAUAUUUCUGAUUGCUUGAAUGGUAAGUAGUGAUAAAUUGAUUGGCUAGAAUUAUUGCAAGAUGAUUGACUUUGACAAAAUUGUACAGAAAAGAAAGUCAGGUAACAAAUACUGUACGAAAACGUAUAUUAAAAGGAAGACAUGAGAAAUCAAGAGCCAAUAAGAGAUAGGCGAGCUCCAUUGUUGUGGAAGGUAAAAUGCCACUUGUUGAGUUUCAAUUAACCUUAGGAGUGAGAGUAAGUUGUGUAAUAUCGUUAGUAAAAAAGUUCACAAGUAUAUUCUGUAAUUAAGAAGAGGUUAAAUAUAAAUAUUUAUUUUCAUACUUUAAGAAUUAGCAUUUGUAAAUAAUGUAUUGUCUCUAUUGUUUUCACUCAUUUCCAUAUUACAGAAUUAAUUAGUAAGAUUUAUUUUUAUGAGUAUUAUUGUAGAUACAUUGCUUUUUUUAGAAUUGUUCUUAUUCUUAAGAGCUGUCUUCAUGGUUUUUAAUCUUCUCAAAUAAGAAAUUAAAACAAUUUUUAUUUGCAUAAAA